GCGUGGCUUGUCACGUCCUUUACCCCAAUUUUCGCAGAGAUGUCAUACCCGACAGAUCGCGAAAUUUGCGAUAAUUCUUAUAAACUCAAAGAAUUCCAAUUAGUGCAAAGAAAUGGAACGUGGAACAGAGAAAGUGCAGGCUUUUGCCACAGCGGACGUCUGUCGUCUGCUAAAAUCUAUGAGAGUUCCACAGCAAAUGGUCGCUGUUGGACUGUGUUGAGCCCCAUUGUCUUCACCUAUAAAAUAAUCCAGUGUGAAAACCUGCUGGAUGCAGACAAUGACACCCUGCUGUUUGGCCACAUUGACAACUGUGAAGAGCUGAAGAGCAGUGGCAAUCCCAUUAAACGCUUUAUCGUCAUUGAUGAGGCAGUCCAUAAGCUCUACGGGGAUAAGAUCACGGAGUACCUGAAGGCCAGAAAUGUCAUCUACAAGAUGCUCCCCUUGCCCACAACAGAGGAAAACAAAUCCAUGGAGCUUGUGACGAAAAUCCUUGAGGAGGUUCACAAGUUUGGCAUUGACAGGAGGUCUGAGCCAAUUCUAGCCAUUGGUGGGGGAGUGUGUCUAGAUAUUGUAGGAUUGGCUGCGUCUCUCUAUCGUAGAAGGACUCCCUAUAUCCGCGUCCCAACCACUUUGCUGGCCUAUGUUGAUGCCAGUGUCGGGGCAAAGAAUGGAGUCAACUUUGCCAACUGUAAAAACAAGAUAGGAGGUUAUAUCCCCCCAGUUGCAGCUUUUCUGGACAGGUCUUUCCUGGAAACAGUUCCUCGCCGCCACAUCUCCAAUGGACUGGCUGAGAUGUUGAAGAUGGCUAUGAUGAAACACAAAGGCCUGUUUGAACUUUUGGAGAGGGAGGGACGGAAUCUUCUGGAUUCCAAGUUCCAGACCCGAGGUGAGACAGACAGGGCAGACCAGGCACAUGCUGCCUCAGCAUCCACCAGAAUCGCCAUAGAGACCAUGCUGGAGGAGUUGGCUCCAAACCUGUGGGAGGAUGACUUGGAUCGGCUGGUGGACUUUGGACACCUCAUCAGUCCAGAACUUGAGAUGAAGGUAUUGCCUGCGCUGCUGCAUGGGGAGGCAGUGAACAUUGACAUGUCCCUCAUGGUGUACUUGGCCUGUGAGCGGGGCCUCCUCGCCCCGGAGGAGAGGUCCAGAGUUAUCCGUUGCAUGCAGAGCCUGGAGCUGCCCGUGUGGCAUCAGGACUGCAGCUUGGAGCUGGUGAAGAAAGCCCUGAGCGAACGUCUCAAGCACUCUGGAGGGCUGGUUAGGAUGCCACUGCCCACUGCACUGGGACAAGCAGAAAUCUUUAAUGACACCGAUGACGACACACUGUGUCUGGCAUUCCAGAAGUGGUGCACGGAGCUGGGAGCAGGACACCUUCCCAAGUGAAAAGGGAGCUGUGUUGCUAACAAACUUGAAAAUACAUCGCUUAAGUGAUUGAGUGUUUUGGCAUUCCUGAAAAUAAACAUGGAAAUGAUGAAUGUGCUGACAAGU